AUGAACUCAUUGGGUCAUUCCAUCCUCGACCGUCCUCGCAAGCCAUAUUCGCAAUCAGAACGCCGUCUUGCGACGGCUGCUGACCAGUCUCCUAUCGAAACGCACCACACGGAUUCUUACGAUCAAUUUAUGCAAACGCCCUACGAGAGUCUCAAUACAUCGUCUUUAGUCAUUCUUGACUCGAAACCCCAGUCCGAAUCAAAGAUCUUUCGCCGGAGACAUGGUAUCGGUGGUGAUGAGACAGAGAUGAGAGCCAACCUCGAUGUUUCUUUGAAAAUUGGCCAAUUCGACCGAGCUGCUUCAUUGAUUACACGCCUUGGCCAUUACCACCCGCCUGGAUCCCAGGAGUUUCUGUCUCUCCAUAACCGCUACAUGAAGGAAAUGGUGGCACAUAUGGUUUUAACGCGGGAUCAAACAAUGGUCCUCCCACUGCAGAAGUGGUUCGAAGUCGACAUGCCAGCUGGAGGUGUGACGCCGGAUGCAAUCACUUUUGCAAUCAUGAUCCGAAUGGCGCUGCGCAUGCUUCAUGGGUCCAAGCGCGAUCGAACUGUGCGCCGUUAUUGGGAACUUGCUCAAAACGCCGAAGUAGAGGAAGAGCUCGUCGGUAUUGAGGUUCUUGAAGACUCCGAUGUUGGUGAAUUGUCUAAGAUUUGCUCUUCCGAUAUGUUGGACUUGCUUUCGAAGUAUGUGGACUUGACGGAACCCGUCAGUGAAGCGCCCGCUGUCCUCGAGGAUAUCCCCAUGGUAAACCCUGCCGAUCAAAGGGGAAUGGGCCUGUCGUCUUUGAGAGAAUCAUUGUCUCUCUUCUCCGGGAACGCCGACGUGCCCUUUCCUCGCGAUUUUGAAGGCACCGAGGAGGAAGCAAAGGCACUACAUGCCGAACUGAGACAACGCAAACUUGAAGCAGAUAGUCUUACCUCCGCUCUUGAAAGAUGGCGUGUGGAGAAUGAUAAGAGACAAAAGGCCGGAUUGAACAUCUCUUCCGACGAGAAGAAGCUUGGUUCUAUUAUGAGUCAAUGGCACACAGAUCUUGUUGCACGAAUCAAAACGGAGAUAGAGCUUUACGAAGAGGCAAUGACGACCCGGGUGGUGAGUGUUGAACAGAGGGAUCGCUGUGAAUACGGCGUCUUUUUGAAGGUUCUUGAUCCAGACCGGUUAGCUGCGCUUACUGUUUUGAGUACGCUGUCCGUUUUCAGUCGCCAAGGAAUGACCAAGGGAAUCAAGGUCUCUGCCAUUGCGAGCGCGUUAGGAAGAGAAUUGCAGGACGAACUCAUCGCCGACAGAUUCUUGAAAAAGACCAAAGCCAUGGACCCGCAGCGACUCAAGGCUGUCAAACAAACUCUGGCGAACCGUAAGGACAAAGACGGCCGCUCGCGAUGGAGAGCACUUGUUGAAAAGAUGUCCACCGAAGAUGACUCUGUUCUUUGGGGCUCCCGUGUUCAGGUCAGGGUUGGUAGCGUUUUGAUGAGCAUGUUGUUUGAAGUUGGCAAAACCCCUGUUCGUACAGAGGACCCUUUAACCAAAAAGAAGGACCUCAGCAUGCAACCGGCAUUUUCGCACUCAUAUCAGAUUCAUUUUGGAAGACGCGCCGGGGCACGGACUGGAGGAUAUCAUAUCUACGAGAACAAUCUUGUUCGUUCUACGCCUGGUGAACUCCUCCAACCAGCCUACCUCAAGGCUGCUUUGAAGGACGAUGGCUUGAAAGAGAUUCGUGCCGGACUCGACGUACUGGGUUCCACUGGUUGGAGAAUCAAUAAGGCUGUUUUUGACGUGAUGCUUGAAGCAUGGAAUGACGGAGGGCCGAUUGCAAAACUUGCGCCCGUUGAGCCAGAUCUGCCACAUCCUGCACAGCCAGACCAGGACGCAGACUUUGCCACACAGUCGGCAUGGAACCGAAGGGUGCGUGAGAUUGAGAACAUCCGUUCCGGAUUCCACUCUGUGCGAUGUUUCCAAAAUUUUCAGCUCGAGGUUGCACGAUCUUUCCGGAAGGAGGUCUUUUAUCUGCCCCAUAACAUGGAUUUCCGCGGGAGAGCAUACCCACUUCCUCCGUACCUCAAUCAGAUGGGCGCUGAUAAUGCCAGAGGAUUGCUACUUUUCGAUAAGGGCAAGCCUCUUGGCGCGGCUGGCUUGCGCUGGUUGAAGAUUCAAGUUGCCAAUCUUUAUGGUUUCGAUAAAGCAAGCAUGUCCGAGCGAGCACAGUUCACCAUGGACCACCUGGACGAUGUUCUUGACUCCGCUAAUCAUGGACUGCAUGGACGGCGGUGGUGGCUUCAGGCCGAAGAUCCAUGGCAGCUUUUGGCAGCUUGUAACGAGCUUCGCAAUGCCAUGCUUCUGCCCGACCCCACUGAAUAUGUCUCUCACCUUCCAAUUCACCAAGAUGGCUCGUGCAAUGGUCUUCAACACUACGCAGCUCUUGGUGGUGACUCGGUUGGUGCCCAGCAGGUCAAUCUGGAACCUUCCGAUCGCCCCUCUGACGUUUAUACUGGUGUCUGCGACUUUGUCAAAGAAGCAAUUGCAAAAGAUGCAGCCAACGGCCAUGAGCUAGCCGUGCUCCUUGAUGGGAGAGUCACCAGAAAGAUUGUCAAACAGACAGUCAUGACUAAUGUCUACGGUGUGACCUUUUUGGGAGCGACGAGACAAGUCAAAAGACAGCUGAUCGAUUACCUUCCUCACUUGACUCCCAUUGAAAGAAACCAGUGUUCCACUUAUAUCGCUAAACAAAUUUUCGGUGCCCUUGGAACUAUGUUCAAUGGAGCCCAUGAGAUUCAGUAUUGGCUUGGUGAUUGUGCUCAUCGCAUUACCCAAUCCGUCACCCCAGAGCAGGUGGAAGAACUCACCAAACAAGCAUUGGCACCCAACUCACGGUCAAGCACCACAACGUCUACCAAGAAUCUCGACCCAGAGAAAGCUUUCAGGUCAACUGUGAUUUGGACCACACCACUGGGUCUCCCCGUCGUCCAGCCAUAUCGAACUCGAAGAGCGCGCCGUGUUCAGACUAGUUUACAGGAUAUCAACAUUCUCGAUCCCAGCUCUGAUGAUGUGGUUCAAAAGCGCAAACAGCUCCAGGCGUUUCCUCCCAACUUUAUUCACUCUCUCGAUGCCACGCACAUGAUCUUGUCCGCCAAUGCGUGCCAUGAAGCGGGUUUGACCUUCUCUGCCGUCCAUGACUCCUUCUGGACCCAUGCUGCCGACAUUGAUCAGAUGAAUUGCAUCCUUCGAGACGCAUUCGUUCGUAUGCAUUCUGAUGAUGUUGUCGGGCGUCUUGGCGCUGAAUUCAAAGUACGAUAUGGCAAGAAUCUGUUUUUGGCCAGAGUCAGCCGCAAUUCUAAAAUUGGCAAGGCCGUCGCAGGACACCGUGCUAGUGUCAAAAAGAUCCCAAAGCUUCAAGAAUUGAUCCGUGAACAUCAACGACAAACUCUUCUCAACUCGUCAGACCCAGAAGAUCAGGCCGAGGGUCGUUCGAUGGUGACGCCCGCCAGUAUUUUCGAAGAAAUGGGUGGCAAAGACGACGACUUGACCCUCUUCAAAACAAUGGGUCAGAACUCAAUUGGUCACAUCCCAGAUGAUGUCCCUGCAGUCGAACGGACCCCAGCGGCAGGUGUAGUUGACAUUACCGACCCGGCCGUCGACACCCUCGUUGGUGAUCUCGACAUGUUUGAUGAAAAAUCCCUUCGUAACGACCUAUCCUCCGUCUUAGGGGAAUAUCUGGAUGAAGAUCCUUCCGGGCCUUCUGAGACGAUCGAGGCAACCGAGGCAACCGAGGAACCCAAGAAAAAGACCAAGCGCGAGUUCACCACAUGGCUCUGGAUGCCCCUCAACUUCCGCCCAGUCCCUAAAAAGGGUGACUGGGAUCUCACCCGAAUUCGCGAGAGUGAAUACUUCUUCUCGUGA